GUAUCACACGGAAGGCGGUGUGCUUUCCUUCCUUCCUUCUUCUUCCAUUACUCUCGCCCAAUCGAUAUUGUGUGUGUGUGUGUGUUUUUUUCCAAUUUCUAAUUUGCUCCCUUCCCAAUGGCGUCGUCUUCUGGAUCAGCCGACGAGGAUUUCCAAUCUCGCGUUGCGAAGAGCUUCGGAUCUCUCGCCUUCUCUCGACCUUCUUCUUCCAAGUUUUCUACAUCUUCUGCUCCGGCGUCGCGGCAGCAGCAAUCCGGGUCGGUGUGGAGUGUCUCCGGCACAGAAGUUGAGAAACGGGAGUGGAAUCGAGAUUCGUACGAUAGGGAUGAGAUUCCUUGUGCGUCAUCGUUCGACGAGAUUCUGAGACAGCAGAGGAUCUCCUCUAACACUGCUCGAAAGCCUCUAGAGGAUGAUCUCAAAGAUAUUGAUGGCGGCGAGGAUUUUGAUGGUGACUGGAGUAUCAGAGCCUCCAUGGGCCUUGACCGCACUCUCGACGAUGAGGCAGAAGAAGAUGAGUAUGAUAAAGUGGCACUAGGGAAAGAGAAUGACGUUGAAGGUUUGUCUAUGAAAGAUUCUCUUUCGGCACAAAAGUUGAGAAACGGGAGUGGAAUUGGCUGGACUCGGGACCCACGUGCUAACUAUGUUGCUGCACAAAUUAGGCUCAAGGAAGACGAAAUCGAGGCCAAUAAACUUAAAGCUUUUGUUGCCAAACAACCCUCGGAAAGCAAAGAGCCUCACUCAGGAGGAGAAUCAUCUAAAGCUGUGCCACCAAAACCUAUACUUAAAAGGAAGGAGGAUACUUCAGAUUCAGAAGGAAAGACAGGCAAGCGAGUCAGGUUUGAUGUUGUAUCUGAAGAAACAUUAAAGAAGCCUGAAGAUACUUCUACUACCUCCUCGAAAAGCAUGUCUCAUCAAAGUAAAAAUUGUGCUAGGGUACCGGAUUACCUGCUAAAUCCUUCCAAGUAUACCCGUUACACCUUUGAUCCAUCUUGUGAAUUGAAUGAUAAGUCCCCAACAGGAGAGUACAUGGACAGUCCCAAGGCUGUAGAAGGAUUAGAAACUUCAGAUUCAGAAUCAUUCAAGGUGUCCUUUCUUCCACAGAAGAAGACCAAGGACGUCAGAGAAGAUGGUAAUAACUGUAGUGAGACGAAGCCUAUUGUAGCUGGUGAGGUGGCAGAAGAUGAGAGACCAAGUGCAAAAGAAGAUGGGGUUACUGAAAUAGGAGAAUUAGAGAGUGGGGUUACUGAAAUAGGAGAAUUAGAGAGCUCCACCAAUUUCCAAAAGAAUGGCCGUCAAUAUCGUGCCAAGCCAACUGUAGAUGAAACAGUUGUCUGAUCGAUCUUCCACGAACAAGUUGGUUGAAAACGCUGGAGGGCGAUGAAGUUGGUGUCCAUCAGAUACAAACAUGUAGCAUCUUUUAGCAGCACAUGUAAUAAAUUUUUAUUUCCUAGACUUCUUUUUUACCCAGAUUAGAGAUUAUAUACAGCAAAAGUAUGGUAACGUAGUAUGAAACAGUUUGCCUUUGAGAGUGGUAGAUAGAACACGCAGAAGAGAGUCUAAAGCUACCUCAACUUCUUGGAAGCUAUCUUGACCAGAGAGAGAUGUUUGGUUUCAACUCUGGUGAAUCGUUUCUGGGUAGAUUCCAGGGUUAAAGAAAGACAUGGUUUUGAACACGAAAAUUGUAAUCUACUUGUGGAUGAGGAAGACUACUUGAUCAUGGAGAGAGCCUCCUUUUGGUGAGGCAGGGAAAAUAAAGAUUUGUGGAAUUUAUGAGCAGGUAAAAGUCUGUUGAUGUUGAGAAAGAAGGUAACCUCUUUUUGUUUUAUUUCGAUUUAGUUCAAACUUUAGAUUAAUUAAAGAUUUUGCAAGCAAAACUCUCGUUACUUGAGCAGUGGCUUAUUGUUCCUUCAAUUUGGGAUUCUGUUUUUACGGGGUUUCA